AUGCGUCUACCGCGCGGAACAGGUGAGGUUGAGCCAGCAACCAGCGAUGGAUUAGAAGCGAUUGAGGAUUCAGUCAGAAUGCGGAAAGGGCGGGGGCUCACUCAAGUACCGAGGAGGAACGCGCUCAAGAGAGCAGACCAGGUGGAGGCGAGCAGGUCGAUAGUCUACUUUCAACAGGGACAGGGGACCAUCCCCACCGCCUGCAUCUUUGAGGAUUCUGCACUUAUACUACUUUGGGACUAG